ACUUCCCCUUUAAAGUAUCUGAGAGGAGCAGCCACACACUUGGCUCCUCGCUUGUUGAGCAUUUUAAAAGGCUGCUGUGACUGAAGGGAUCUUAAAGGAUUAAAAAAACGAAAACCAGAGAGAAGCUCCUGUAGGUCACGGCGGAUGCUGCAGCUUCUGCUCGUGGACAUGACAUGCAGGGGAACAGGCUUAAGUUAUCAGGGAGCGAUAAGGAGCUGUGUUUUAUGAGCGCUGCCUUUGUGAAGGGACACAUGACUGGACCGUUCAUCCCAAGGCUAGCUGCAUGUUGAUGGGAGUGGAGCCGGACAGCGAAUGGGAGGAAGUCUGCAGAUUAAACACAAGAUGGAUUACAACGACUCCCAUGCCUUGCUCGCCGGGGAGCAGCUCAUCUACGCCAUCACCAUACCGCUGUCGACGUCCAUCAUCCUGGCCAACCUCUUCAUCAUCCUGGGCAUCGCCUGGAACCGCCAGCUCCACAACACGCCCAACUACUUCUUCCUCAGCCUGCUGGUGGCGGAUCUGUGCACCGGCGUCGCUCUGCCUUUCAUACCCUUAAUGGGCCUCAACCGGGAGUUGAGUCUGAACUCCUGCAUGGUGGCUCACAUUUUCCCAAACUUCCUCUUCCUGGCGUUCCUUUUCAACCUGGUGAUGGUCCACUACGAGCGCUACAUUUGCAUCGUCGACCCCCUGCAUUACAGCAACUUGUGGAUGCACCGCAGUUUUCCCCUGGCGCUGCUUGCGGUGUGGGCGCCGCCGCUUCUGUAUGCGUCACUUCCUGCUUUUGGGUGGAACAACUGGUCGGGGCCAGACUGGGACGACUGCUGCGCAGGGAGCCAAAAGAUUGUGCCGCUUUCAAACUGUUCGACAAACGCAACCGCCUGCUGCUCGUACAGGCGAGUGUUCUCCAAUGCUUUUAUCUACUUGGAGGUGUAUGGACUCGUCCUACCUGCCAUUCUUACCAUCGCUGGCAUGACCGGCCGCGUUUUGUGGAUCACCCGAGGCCAGCUGAAGGACAUCUGUCGCCUCCAUCGCUCGGUGGAGCGAGGCAGUCAGGCCUCGGACCGCGAGCAGAGGCUGAACCUGCGGUACACCCGCUGCGUGGUGGCGGUGUCGCUGACGUUUCUGGCGUGCUGGGUUCCCUACCUCAUCUACAUGCACGUCUGCGUGGCGUUGCUGAUCAGCGACACCAAGUGGAGCUCCACCACUCACAUCGUGCUGUCGUGCACCGGCAUAGGAAGCAUGGCCGUGGUGCCGCUGGUGCUCGGCCUGGCCAACAGGCAGUACACAGAGCCUGUAUGCAAACUGCUCCAGAAACUCCGAGACCGGUGGCGGCGGAGGACGCAGGGAUCCGAGGAAGUGGCGGUCUGAGGAAGUACCGAUGACUAUGAAUAUUUCUGCAGGAAAUGAUGCUGCUAGGGGUUGAUGAACAUCACACACACAGUAUAUUGAUCAAGUGCACCAGGAAGAAUUAUUGCAGUCCGGCAGAAAAAACACAUUUGCAUCGAUUUAUUCACAAUUUAUUUAUCAGUGUUCCUUAAAGAAGGCUGCAUGUUGUUUUACAACCAUGACACUGGCUUUUGAAAUAUAGGUUCUGUCUGUAGCUGUCCAUUUAUGAAGGAUGACCAUCACAUGGUACUAAUUUAAUUGAAUAUACUACUGUAUUAGUUGCUAUCGUUGAAAAGGUGAGGGAUGAGUAAGUCAAUGCUGUUUAUGGCAAAGCUUUAUAACCAGCCAUCAUCUCCAGUGACACUACAGCCUCAUCUAGAGGCUUCUCAUCACAGCUCUGAGAAAGGUUCUGCUCUCCUGAUGGCUCUCAUUAUUCAAAGAGGUCUCGCUGUGUGUUCGGGUAAAAAUCAAAUUAAAAUCAAAAGCCUGUAAAGUGUAAAUUCUCAUUACGAUCACAUUGCGAAGUUGAAUCAAACGACCCCAAACACAGCUCAGUGUAUCUGUCUGCUCCAGACGGCAGUUUAACCGGUCGUGGGUUUUCUUCAUCCGUCACCCGCCUGCUUGAAAUGUUUACUCCCACCUCCCUCAUUAGUGUUUAUCUGUAAACUGGUAUGCAAGCUGAAGAGGGGAGAGGGAAUCAUCCACGGUGCGCGAUGCAGGACGGGAAGAGGAUUAGAGCCUCAGCGUGAACACGAGAUGGAAGAAAUGGUUUUUCUUCCAUCCGAUUUGUUACAGGAUGGUUUAACAUACAGAAAUCAGGCCUGUGGUUCACAGAAACAUCUCUUGUAUCUGAAGGCUAAAUCUCGUAUUUGCUGUACAGAUCCAUUCAAAGGGGAAUUAGAUUUUUAUUUGAGACCUGAUUAAACGCUGACUGUCUGACGUUCUAUUUGUUUCCCCGAUCAAAAUGUGGUUUUAAGCGUGUGGGUGGGAAAGAGACGGUCUGCGAAGGGGAGCCGGGGAGGAAAAGCAGACUUUAAUCAAAUCAAAGAGCAAACAAGGUCUGAACUGUUGUUGGACGUUAAGGAGGGACGGGAUAUCAUCAUGGGGUCAGGGUACAGUGUGUCUUUUCGUCCGUGCCAAGCCAUGUUCCAGUAUGUUUUCCACAUCACGAUGUCAUGGACGCAUGUGUCCUGAAGACAGAGGAGAACCGGGAGAGGAGGAGGAGGAGGAGGAAGGAAAAUGAAGAGAGGACGAGACUUUCAGGCUCCAAGCUCCUAAUGACUGAACGCUGUCUUAAUCAAGUAGACUCGUAUCUAACGAUCACACUGGACCAAAACUCAGUGUGGAUUCUCAGCACUUUUUGUGCUUUCUGUUUUUGGCAGGUAGACGUUACUAACCACUCGUAACGUGACGAAUUAUCAUUGUUUUUUUGUUGGGACUAAAAUAAUUAGAUAAACUGUGUAAUCAAGCGAGUUUUAAAGGGUAUCUUUGGACGGGUGCCAUGCCAAUGUUACGACAGCCUUUACUUACAAAACCCCAGUAGCCAGAAAAAAUGUCCCAUUGGAUUAUUAUGUCGGAGCUGGGAAUGAAUCCACACCUGAGUUAACCGUGUUCCAACCACAGACUGGCAUUUUGUGCAUACAAACGCAGAAACAACAAGUCCACAGACAGAAGUUGUGUGUAAUACUUAUUUAAUAAGACAGAAGUGCUAUUAAUUUUCUGCAGCUUUCACAGCCGCUGAUACACCAGACAGCCAUCUUGGAUUUUGAGGUCGAGGCUGCUGAGGUGUGUCCGACUUUCACUUCAGGGGCUGUUCAGGCUGAAACUGCUGGCGGGGAACUUGGAAAUGUUAACUUCCCAUUUCAAAUGGAGCGCACCCUUACAUACUUAACAUAAGUGACGUACUUAUUUUUACUUGAACCAUGGUUCUUUUCCUAAACCUAACUAACUAGUUUUGAUGACAUUUAUUGUUGUCACCAUGACGACAAAGGUCCUGUCCUACACAUCCACACACAUAGGUGUAAUGCUAAGCUAAGCUAACCGUCUCCUCGCUCCAGCUACACGUACACUGCAGAGAUAUGACAGCGGUGUCGAUUUUCUGAUCUAACUCACAGCAAGGAUGCAAAUACUGUCAGCAUAUUUCCCAAAAUGUCUCAAUGUUUCCUUUCAGGAUACUGUCUGUGUUUGUGUGAAGAAAAACAGAGCAGACAUAUUGUUCAUGUUGCUUUAUUUAUUAACUGUAUAUCCAUUGAAAGUACAUGUCACCCUCACAGUAAACUCUGCAAUGCCUU